CCCGGCCCGUUUACAGCGCGACCUGCUGCUGCUUCACUUUCUUCUCCUGCCUCUUCUCCUGCUCAUUCUCGAGCUAGGGUUUGGGAUCUCUCGGUCACUACUAUUAAAGUCUGAUACAUUAACUCAGCUCAGGCUCUAUGAUGGCUUCAGUACUUCUCAAACAAAUGAGAGUUCGGCGCUGGAGGGGGCGGUGUUUUAGCAGCAAUGUGAGCAACUAUGACUCUCUGAUCACAGAGCUUAAUAAGGAAAUGGAAUCAAUUUUUGGCGAGCCACCUACACCCAGCGGCAUGGACUCUAGUACCAGUGUACAAACCCAAUCCAUUUCUUCUGAACCGUGCAAAAGCCAACAAACCCUAUCCCAUGUAGAUACCAGUGGACAAGCUUCAAUGGUCGAUAUCUCCUCCAAAGAGGACAGUAAUAGAGUUGCAGUGGCUAGUUGCAGAGUUCUUCUAGGCCAAAAGGCAUUCAGCCUAGUCGCUGCCAACCAAAUAGCCAAAGGAGACGUCUUGAAUGUAGCAAAGAUAGCUGGAAUUAGCGGGGCUAAGCAUACCAGCAACCUCAUCCCUUUGUGUCAUAAUAUUGGACUCAGCCAUGUUCGUGUAGAUUUGAGUCUCAAUGAAGAGGAUUUGAGUGUUGAGAUAGAAGGAGAAGCUGCCACAACGGGGAAAACUGGUGUGGAAAUGGAAGCAAUGACUGCAGUUGCUGUUGCUGGACUCACUGUGUAUGAUAUGUGUAAAGCCGCUUCAAAAGAUAUUCAGAUUACUGAUAUUCGACUUGAGCAGAAGAGUGGAGGAAAGUCUGGGUUCUGGUCGAGGAAUCAGUAAUUUUGCAAUGCAAAUUAGCCUAUGCAACAUAGAGAUUGAAGCACAAUCAUUCAAGGAAAUAACCGACAUGUAGAAUUUGUAUUGCAGAUGUGAUCAUAUGUUUGGAUUUUUAGCAUUGUUUUGCCUCCUUAUCUCCGGCCCUCUUCGCCUAAGAAUUACCCACACUUCUCUCUUUAGAUUUUUCUGCCUGAUGCUGAAAAUGUAUUGAAUCAAGUGGGCUUAAGCUAGAGCCGAGUGUAAUGGUGAAACCAAAAUAGUUUUCAAUGUAUUCACAACUACAACCUCCAUUGCUUGAGA